UUGAUGUUGCAGGUACUCUUGAGUCGUUUGCUGUCCAAGAACUGACAGAACCACUCCCUGCACAGGAAGGGUGCCGCGGGUGAGGAAGCAGGAAUACUCGCCUGUAGAUAAGAAGCGGGAAGCCACAACAUUGAGUCGUGCACAAUUCCACAAUAAUAUACAUGGAUAAAUUUUAAAAUACUUGUAAUAUAAUAUCAGUAUGUACGGACCAAGGGAAAAAGUGUUUUGGUUUGCAGUGACCUCACGUCUAGCCGUUAUUUCACUGCAAUUUAUAUUUAAUCAGUUAUUGCCUGACCAUGAUGCCAAAGUUUUUGUUAGUCCGGUGGACCCGGAAAUGAAAAUAUCGAUUUAUGACAGCUUAGUUGAAUAUCUAUUCGGCGGUUUUCUCAGGUGGGAUGCGCAAUACUUUAUACACAUCGCUAAAUAUGGGUACACAUAUGAAAAGACCAUGGCAUUUUAUCCCUUAUAUCCCAUGAGUAUUAGAUGCUUAUCUGUAGUUUUGAAAGGCAUUUUUUUCUCGUUGAAUGACCAUAGCACAACGAUGCUGGCAGCUUUGUUGAUAAAUUUCGUCUGUUUUGUCAAAUCUGCCACAGUUCUUUACGACCUGAGCAAAAUUGUUCUCAAAGACACUGCUUUGGCGUACAAAGCUGCUAUUUUAUACUGUAUUAAUCCAGCCAGCAUAUUUUUUUCGGCAUUUUACACUGAGUCCAUGUUCGCUUGGCUAUCGUUUAACAUCAUGCUGGCUUAUGUUAAAAAUAACCCAUACAUUUAUCUUCCUAUCGGUCUCUCUAUCCUUUGUCGGUCCAACGGACUGAUAAACCUGGGAUUCCCAGUCUACUCGUGCGUCAAGUGUUUGAUACGAGCUGUGCUUCCCAAAAUCAGUAGGAAUUAUCAAAACUCUCAAGCUGAAUCAGCUUUACCUUUCGGAUGCCGUACGAUGUUAGGUUCUUUUCUUUGGCUCUUAAACGUUGUGUUUCUAUCUAUCGUUCCGUACGUCUUACAUCAAUUGUACAAUUAUAGUUUAUACUGUACAAAUCAUGAAGUGACGUUACCAGACUAUGUGCAGAAACAUCCGGAUACGGAUCCUCUGCUAAUACCCGGAACUGUUAUUCCCCCCUGGUGCAACAGUUCUAUUCCAAUUGCAUAUUCUUACAUUCAGGAUAAAUAUUGGCAUGUGGGAUUUAUGCGGUAUUGGACGUUAGGAAAUCUUCCAAAUUUACUUCUUGGAUUCCCAUCCCUGUAUCUUAUUUUUAGUCAAAGUUUAAAAUACUUGAGUGAGAACAGAAUUCAACUAUACACAUUAGGAAGCUUUUCAACCGAUGGUCGAAAUUGUGAAAAACCAAAGAACAAAAAGCUUUCCCCAGAUAUUUUUGUAUUCGCAAUUCACGGAAUAUGUUUAGCAUUGAUUUUUACUACAUUUGCACAUGUUCAAGUGAGCACUCGUUUAUUGUGCUCGGCAAGCCCAUUGUUAUAUUGGUACUGCGCUUCUAAAUUGUCGUAUAAAUCCGAGCCGAGAAAGGAGAACGCAAUGGAUUUCGAAUACCCAGAAAAUUUAUCUUCAAAGUGGAGAGUUUUCUUCUUAUCUCAAACGGCUCGCGUGUCAAAGUAUGACACCAUAAUUUUAUCAUAUUAUCUGAUUUACGCCGGAAUAGGAUGUGGUAUGUUUUCUAACUACCUUCCUUGGACGUAAGAGAGUUAUAUAUAAACACAACUUACAGGAAAAUCAGAUAUAAUUCUCGACCUUAACGUGGAAAAUUGUUCGUUGAAAGUUUACGAUGCAGAUAAAA